AUCAGCUGGCGGGCGGGCAGGCGCCGAAUGCGGCCCCGGCUCUCGCUGCAGCGCCGCCUCCUCUCCGCGUCGCAGGCCGGCCCGGCGGCCGUGACAAUGUUGCGGGGCUGGUAGCUGCGCGCCGGCCGCCGAGCCAUCUCAAGUUUAAACUUACGCGAAUCGCUCUCUUGAGGAGGAGGGGACCGCCGCGCGAUUGACACGCAUAUUGCUAUAGGCAUCCUCCCUCAGCCCCCACCCCCACGGCCGGAUUCGGGUGGCUCCUCUCCGAGCUGAAAUCCGAGAAGAAAUCCUUGGAUCUCUUCUUUAAAAAAAAAAAAAAAAAAAAAAUCCAGAAACCGUCGGUAUUUUGCUUUCCUGCUUCCUUUUCGCAUGAUGAAGAAGUUUUUCGACUCCAGGCGAGAGCAGGGCGGCUCUGGCCUGGGCUCCGGCUCCAGCGGAGGAGGGGGCAGCACCUCGGGCCUGGGCAGCGGCUACAUCGGAAGGGUCUUUGGCAUUGGGCGACAGCAGGUCACUGUGGACGAGGUGCUGGCGGAAGGUGGAUUCGCCAUCGUGUUUCUGGUGAGGACAAGCAAUGGAAUGAAAUGUGCCUUGAAACGCAUGUUUGUCAACAACGAGCAUGACCUUCAGGUGUGCAAGAGAGAAAUCCAGAUAAUGAGGGACCUAUCGGGGCAUAAGAACAUCGUGGGUUACAUUGACUCCAGUAUCAACAGUGUGAGUAGCGGUGAUGUGUGGGAAGUUCUCAUUCUGAUGGACUUCUGCAGGGGAGGCCAAGUGGUCAACCUGAUGAACCAGCGCCUGCAAACAGGUUUUACAGAAAAUGAAGUACUCCAGAUAUUUUGUGACACCUGUGAAGCUGUCGCCCGCCUGCAUCAGUGCAAAACUCCUAUUAUCCACCGUGACCUGAAGGUUGAGAAUAUUCUCUUGCAUGACCGAGGCCACUAUGUCCUGUGUGACUUUGGAAGUGCUACCAACAAAUUCCAGAAUCCACAAACGGAAGGAGUCAAUGCAGUAGAAGAUGAGAUUAAGAAGUACACAACGCUGUCCUAUCGUGCACCAGAGAUGGUCAACCUGUACAGUGGCAAGGUCAUCACUACGAAGGCAGACAUUUGGGCUCUGGGAUGUUUGUUGUAUAAAUUAUGUUACUUCACUUUGCCAUUUGGGGAGAGUCAAGUGGCAAUUUGUGAUGGAAACUUCACAAUUCCUGAUAACUCUCGAUAUUCCCAAGACAUGCACUGCCUAAUUAGGUAUAUGUUGGAACCAGACCCUGACAAAAGACCGGAUAUUUACCAGGUUUCCUACUUCUCAUUUAAACUACUCAAGAAAGAAUGCCCAAUUCCAAAUGUACAGAACUCUCCCAUUCCUACAAAGCUCCCUGAACCAGUGAAAGCCAGUGAGGCAGCUGCAAAGAAGACCCAGCCAAAGGCCAGACUGACAGAUCCCAUUCCCACUACAGAGACGUCAAUUGCACCCCGCCAGAGGCCUAAAGCUGGGCAGACUCAGCCCAACCCAGGAAUCCUCCCCAUCCAGCCAGCCCUGACCCCUCGGAAGAGGGCUACAGUUCAACCCCCACCUCAGGCCGCAGUAUCCAGCAAUCAGCCUGGCCUUUUAGCCAGUGUUCCUCAACCAAAAACCCAGCCCCCACCCAGUCAACCCCUACCACAGUCUCAGCCCAAGCAGCCUCAGGCUCCGCCCACCUCACAGCAGCCGCCUUCCGCGCCGGCCCCGGCUCUGCCCGCCCAGGCCCAGGCCACGCCCCAGCACCAGCAGCAGCUCUUCCUCAAGCAGCAGCCGCCGCAGACAGCGCCGCCGGCGCAGCAGCCAGCGGGCGCGUUCUACCAGCAGCCGCAGCAGCAGGCCCAGGCUCCACAGUUUCAGGCAGUACAUCCGGCAGCCCAGCAACCAGUGAUCGCUCAGUUCCCCGUGGUAUCCCAAGGAAGCUCUCAACAGCAGCUGAUACAGAACUUCUACCAGCAGCAGCAGCAGCAGCAGCAGCUGGCCACAGCCCUGCAUCAACAACAGUUGCUGACUCAGCAGGCUGCCUUGCAGCAGAAGGCCGCAGCGGCAGCCGUACCACAGCCCCAAGCGCAGCCGGCCGCGGCAGCCCCGCCAGCCCCUGCCCAGGAGCCAGCGAUUCAGGCCCCAGUAAGACAACAGCCAAAGGUUCAGACAACCCCACCUCCUACCAUUCAGGGGCAGAAACUCGGAUCUCUCACUCCUCCAUCAUCCCCCAAGGCCCAGCGUGCUGGGCACAGGCGAAUUCUCAGCGAUGUGACCCACAGUGCAGUCUUUGGGGUCCCUGCCAGCAAAUCAACCCAGCUGCUCCAAGCAGCUGCAGCUGAGGCCAGUCUCAAUAAGUCCAAGUCUGCAACCACCACUCCUUCAGGCUCCCCUCGGGCCUCCCAGCAAAAUGUUUAUAAUCCUUCAGAAGGUUCUACGUGGAAUCCCUUUGAUGACGACAAUUUCUCCAAACUCACAGCUGAAGAACUGCUAAACAAGGAUUUUGCCAAGCUGGGGGAAGGCAAAUAUCCUGAGAAACUUGGAGGCUCUGCUGAGAGUUUGAUCCCAGGCUUUCAGCCAACCCAAGGUGAUGCUUUUGCUGCUUCCUCAUUUUCUGCUGGAACUGCUGAAAAAAGGAAGGGUGGGCAGACUGUGGAUUCUAGCCUUCCUCUUCUAAGUGUAUCUGAUCCUUUCAUUCCUCUUCAAGUACCUGAUGCACCAGAAAAACUAAUUGAGGGACUCAAAUCUCCUGACACUUCUCUUCUGCUCCCUGACCUCUUGCCUAUGACAGAUCCUUUUGGUAGCACUUCUGAUGCUGUAAUUGAAAAAGCUGAUGUUGCUGUUGAGAGUCUGAUACCAGGACUGGAGCCCCCGGUGCCUCAGCGCCUCCCAUCUCAGACGGAAUCUGUGACCUCGAACCGCACAGAUUCUCUCACCGGGGAAGAUUCCCUGAUUGAUUGCUCUCUGCUUUCUAAUCCCACUACUGACCUUCUGGAAGAGUUUGCCCCCAUAGCCAUCUCUGCUCCAGCCCAUAAAGCUGCGGAAGAUAGUAAUCUCAUCUCAGGUUUUGAUGUCCCUGAGGGCUCGGACAAGGUGACAGAAGAUGAGUUUGACCCUAUUCCUGUAUUGAUAACCAAAAACCCACAAGGUCUCCAGAGAGAGCCCAUUCCCUCUCCUGUAAUAACUGUAGAGCACUUUAAAGAAUCAACGGGUGUUAAAGGCCUUCCCCUGUACCCGGACCCCUCCCGGGUACCUGGCACGAAAACUCAGAACAGUUUAGAAUCUGACUACUUGGCCCGAGAUGGCCCUUCCAGCAACAGCUCGUUCCACAGCAGUGAAGAGGAGGGGACCGACCUCGAGGGGGACAUGCUGGACUGCAGUGGCUCUCGCCCUCUGCUCUUGGAGUCAGAAGAAGAGGAUGAGAGCUGCAAGCCUCUGCAGGGGAAGCUAGGAGGAGCCACUCCCUUCACUCAGCCAGAGGUGACUCCUGCGCAGGCCAAGGCUUUGCAAGGUGGGAGGAAGAACCAGUUCGGAGCCCUCACUCAGCCAACUGCUGAUGGACUCGGUGAGCCAGAUGUGUUUGCCACUGCCCCCUUCAGGAGCUCAAGGGUUCCCGCUGAUGACAUGGACAUUUUUGCCAAAGCCCCCUUUGUCUCCAAGGGCAGCGUGGCCCCUUCCCAGCCAGAUGAGACGGAUGUGUUCUUGAGAGCUCCCUUUACAAAGAAGAAAGGCAUGGAGGAGUCAACAGUUGCCCAGAGCCCCGCCCAGGAGCAGCCCGGUCUCCUGAGUCAGACCGAUGACAUCCCUCUGCUCCCAGGCCUCGAUCGAGCCGUGUACCCGUCCAUCCGAGCUCAGUAUUCCAUGGCUGGCUUUGCCCAGCCGUCUAACCUCCCCUCCCACCCUGUACAAGCAGCAGACCAUCUUGACAGCAUCUCUUCCAGGGGCUCCUCCCUGGAAUCUGGGGCCCAUCCUAAUGACAGAAACAAAGGACCUCAGCCCCAGAAAGAAGCUGUCUCAGGCCCCAUGGCAGGCAAACCAUUCCGCCCCCAGUCUUUAUCCAAAUAUUCCCGUCACUAUAGCCCCGAAGAUGAGCCGAAUCCAGAAGCCCAGCCCAUCGCUGCCUACAAAAUUGUUUCGCAAACCAAUAAGCAGUCGAUAGCUGGCUCCGUUUCCAUCACAUCCCUUUCCUCCAGGACUACGGAGCUGCCAGCUGCUGAUCCUUUUGCUUUAGCACCCUUUCCUUCGAAAUCAGGCAAACAGAAACCUUAGGAGCCAUGCCUGAGCCUCAGGCCUCUGUCUCUACCCUACCCUCAAUACCCACCACAUCACUCCCAGCUGAGCCUUCCUGAGAAGAUUUAUAUCAAUUAUUCUCUUUCAGUUCCAUGAGUCAGAGCAGAACUUCUUGAGUCAACAAACUCAGUCAAGGUGAUACUUAGUUGAAACUCCUUUAAAUUAUGCUCAUUGCUUUUGUUUAUAUUGAUUUCUGGACUUUGAGUGAGCUUGUCCAUCUUCACCUCCACCCAGAAUUCUGCUUUCUGUUAUUUGCCUAGAAACUGUUUUAAUCUCAAACCACUUCUCAGUAAAUCCAGAAAUAACUUCCCAAAGGGGCCAUGCUAUUGCUACUUUGAUUCCUGUAGUUCCUGUUCUGAGUCAUGUCUAAUGAGGAAUUAAGAUGAGUUCCUCCCAGACUUGGUUUCAUACUCUUGAAAAGGGUACAUAUCAGGAAAGAAACACAAGAUAAAAAUUAUGUUCAUCAAAAGGAAGUGUGAUCCUGAAGAUACUAAUCAUUCCUCUAAAAUCAGCAAUUCUAGAAGGCUUCUCUGGACAUGAGCCUGUGUAGGCCACCCUGGUCCUCAAGCAUGAGUGUCGGUGGGUGUGUAACGUGUGUUAGAUCCUUUCCUUUGUAGAAAUGCAAACAGAUGAGAUUUCUGUGCUGGUGUUUGACGGUGUUGAGCCUUCCCCCACGUGCACAUUUUAAAAAUUCAUGUGAGUGCACAGCUGUGUGUGUACAUGUCUGUUUGCACAGGAAACAUGCUUCCUUUAGGUAAAUCCUGUCCCACCUUGUGUACCCCCAAAAUCACUCAUUUGCUGGUAUUUGUUUGCCUAACCUAACUUAACUUGAACCCUGUUUUUAUUGCGUUCUUUUCUCAUGGCAAAAUUUAAUUUAUUGAAAUGAGUAGGAAAAUCCUGCUGGAAUGGAAUUUUCCAAGUAGAUUAUUUUUUCCUUUAGAAUUUGCUGUUAACAAGUUUCAUUCAUAAAGUCUUGAAAAAUUAACUAUCCUUAUACAGUUUCCCCUGAGAACAAUAGAAAAGAACACCUUGUUACAGUUCCAACCACUGGGUUUGGGGUCUAAGUACUUUUAAAAAGUACUCAAGUAAUUUUAAAAAUCUUAGGUCCGAGCACUCCAUGCUGUCAUUAUGAAAUUAAUUGAUCAUGAGACUAGACUACAAACUAGAUUUGCUUUUUGUUUUUCCACAUCCUUGUCCCCUUUGUCUGCCCCUUGAGGAAGUAGAAACCUGAGACAUGUAAAUAAGUUUGGGAGAAUGAAAAGAGCUGAACCAUUCAGCCAUGUGAACCUUCCCAUUCUUUGUGCCCUCGGAUGGUGAAGCAGGUCAGACAGGUGCUUGACUUGCGCUUUUGAAAUGUCUUCUAUUUCUGGAAAGAUCUGAGUUAUUCUUGACUGUCCUCAUGCGCUUUAUUAUCAGUGCCUUAAGUUGAAGCUUACAUCUCAGUGGGAAGAUUUCUGCUGAAGAAGUUCAUGUUUCAACUUGCAAGUUUUCUGUAACUCGUAGUAAAUGUUCAUGAUUUCUCCAUUAGCUGGGGAAGUUAGAAGAGUUGCUCACCAACCAAGAUUAAUGACUUAAGAAUUAUGGGAAAUUCAUCUGAGAAUCAAGUCUGAAUGUCAGACUCGAUUGCCAUUGAUUAAAUGUCGUAUUUUUAAAUUUGAAAUUCUGGGAUCUUGACAGUAAAAUAUAAACAGAUACUUCUCAAGACUUUUUCUAGUUUAGUCUCCACCUAUUUCAGCUGUCCAGGUUAAAAGAUAAAUAACUGGCACUGGAUCAGGGCUCCUAGCAGUGGUUUUUCCAAAUGAGGCUUUGCAGUGCCGGCCCUUCACUUUCGAGGAUGCUAAAUGUUCACAGGGCUUUUCUCCCAGUGAUCAUUUCUGAAUAUUCUGUGCAACAGUGGAUGUUGAAUCAUCUUUCCAAUUGAUUGAUUUUGGCUAAUGAGUAUGAAAAUUUACACCCCAAAUUCUUACCUUGGUCAUUAUCAGUUAAAGCCUGCAUGAGCAGGAGUGAAAGUUCAGUUCAUUGCUCAGUCACGUCCAACUUUUUGUGACCUGAUGGACUGCAGCACACCAGGCCUCCCUGUCCAUCACCAAUUCCCAGAGUUUACUCAAACUCAUGUCCAUUGAGUCAGUGAUGCCAUCCAACCAUCUCAUCCUCUGUCAUCCCCUUCUCCUCCUGCCUUCAAUCUUUCCCAGCAUCAGGGUCUUUUCAAAUGAGUCAGUUCUUCUCAUCAGGUGGCCAAAGUUUUAGAGUUUCAGCUUCUACAUCAGUCCUUCCAAAGAAUAUUCAGAACUGAUUUCAUUUAGGAUGGACUGGUUAGCUGUCAAAGGGAUUCUCAAGAAUCUUCUCCAACACCACAUUCAAAAGCAUCAAUUCUUCAGUGCUUAGCUUUCUUUAUAGUCCAACUCUCACAUCCAUACAUGACUACUGGAAAUACCAUAGCUUUGACUAGACAGACCUUUGUUGGCAAAGUAAUGUCUCUGCUUUUUAAUAUGCUGUCUAGGUUGAUUAAAACUUUUCUUCCAAGGAGCAAGCGUCUUUUAAUUUCAUAACUGCAAUCACCAUCUGCAGUGAUUUUGGAGCUCCAAAAAAUAAAGUCAGCCACUGUUUUCACGGUUUCUUCAUCUAUUUGCCAUGAAGUGAUGGAGCCAAAUGCCAUGAUCUUAGUUUUCUGAAUGUUGAGUUUUAAGCCAACUUUUUCACUCUUCUCUUUCACUUUCAUCAAGAGGCUCUUUAAUUCUUCUUCACUUUCUGCCAUAAGUGUGGUGUCAUCUGCAUAUCUGAGGUUAUUGAUAUUUCUGCCAGCAGUCUUGAUUCCAGCUUGUGCUUCAUCCAGUCCAGGAUUUCUCAUGAUGUACUCUGCAUAUAAAUUAAAUAAGCAGGGUGACAAUAUACAGCCUUGAUAUAGUCCUUUUCCUAUUUGGAACCAGUCUGUUGUUGCAUGUCCAGUUCUAACUGUUGCUUCCUGAUCUGCAUACAGGUUUCUCAAGAGGCAGGUCAGGUGGUCUGAUAUGCCCAUCUCCUUCAGCAUUUUCCACAGUUUAUUGUGAUCCACACAGUCCAAGGCUUUGGCAUAGUCAAUAAAGCAGAAAUAGAUGUUCUUCUGGAGCUCUUGCUUUUUUGAUGAUUCAGCAGAUGUUGGAAAUUUGAUUUCUGGUUCCUCUGCGUUUUCUAAAACCAGCUUGAACAUCUGGAAGUUCAUGGUUCAUGUACUGUUGAAGCCUGGCUUGGAGAAUUUUAAGCAUUACUUUGCUAGCGUGUGAGAUGAGUGCCAUUGUGGGGUAGUUUGAGCAUUCUUUGGCAUUGCCUUUCUUUGGGAUUGGAAUGAAAACUGACCUUUUCCAGUCCUGUGGCCACUGCUGAGUUUUCCAAAUUUGCUAGCAUACUGAGUAUAGCACUUUCACAGCACCGUCUUUUAGGAUUUGAAAUAGCUCAACUGGAAUUCCAUCACCUCCACUAGAUUUGUUCGGAGUGAUGCUUCCUAAGGCCCACUUGACUUUGUAUUCCAGGAUGUCUGACUCUAGGUGAGUGAUCACACCAUUGUGAUUAUCUGGGUCGUGAAGAUCUUUUUUGUACUGUUCUGUGUAUUCUUGCCACCUCUUCUUAAUACCUUCUGCUUCUGUUAGGUCCAUACCAUUUCUGUCCUUUAUUGUGCCCAUCUUUGCAUGAAAUGUUCCCUUGGUAUCUCUAAUUUUCUUGAAGAGAUCUCUAGUCUUUCCCAUUCUAUUGUUUUCCUCUAUUUCUUUGCAUUGAUCACUGAGGAAGACUUUCUUACCUCUCCUUGCUAUUCUUUGGAACUCUGCAUUCAAAUGGGUAUAUCUUUCCUUUUCUUCUUUGCCUUUCUCUUCUCUUCUUUUCUCAGCUAUUUGUAAGCCCUCCUCAGACAACUAUUUUGCCUUUUUUCAGGUAUUUCUCCAGGUAUUUCUUGGCUUCCUACUUUUGUAUUCCAGUCCCCUAUAAUGAAAAGGACAUCUUUUUUGGGUGUUAGUUCUAGGUCUUGUAGGUCUUCAUAGAACCAUUCAACUUCAGCUUCUUCAGCGUUACUGGUCGGGGCAUUGACUCGGAUUACUGUGUUAUUGAAUGGUUUGCCUUGGAAACGAACAGAGAUCAUUCUGUUGUUUUUGAGAUUGCAUCCAAGUACUGCAUUUUGGACUCUUUUCUUGACUAUGAUGGCUACUCCAUUUCUUCUAAGGGAUUCUUGCCCACAGUAGUAGGUAUAAUGGUCAUUUGAGUUAAAUUCACCCAUUCCAGUCCAUUUUAGUUCGCUGAUUCGUAAAAUGUCGAUGUUCACUCUUGCCAUCUCCUGUUUGACCGCUUCCAAUAUACCUUGAUUCAUGGACCUAACAUACCAGGUUCCUAUGCAAUAUUGCUCUUUACAGCAUCAGACUUUACUUCCAUCACCAGUCACAUCCACAUCUGAGUGUUGUUUUUGCUUUGGCUCCACCUCUUCAUUCUUUCUGGAGCUAUUUCUCCACUGAUCUACAGUAGCAUAUUGGGCACCUACUGAUCUGGAGAGUUCAUCUUUCAGUGUCCUAUCUUUUUGCCUUUUCAUACUGUUCUGGAGUGAAAAGGAUGGGAAUAUUCAAGGAAGGUUCAUCCAAGAAACUCUUAAAGUAGAAGGUCAUUCUAAUUCACCCUUUCAAACUACUCAGGAUUCUCUGUAACAGCCCUGUGAAAAGACUUUCCUUUGGUUUUUUGAUCAAUCCCUCCUGAUCAUUUUUGUUCUCAAGAUGAAAUCAAUAAAAUAUAGUGAUCUUAUUACAUAAUUGAAUCAUUUGUUAAGUUGAGCUCGUAAUCCUUUUUUAUUUUAUUCUUGCUAGAGACCUAUGCUGGGUGGAGACUCUGUAAAUACCUUUUUUGAGCAAGAAAUGAAUAUAGACACAUGCAAAUUACUUUUGUGUCCUUAAUGAUGCAUUAAAAUUUUUGGAUUAUUGGAUUACAUUAAUUAUUAGCAAAUAACUAAUGAAUUCUGUGCUGAUCGCCUUUGGAUCAUAUAGGGUAAAUGCAUCAUUUAGAGAGAAAGUGUUCUUGGGACUUUCCUGGUGGUCUUGUGGUUGAGACUCUGCUCCCAAUGCAAGUGGGUACAGGUUGCAUCCCUGAAUGGAGAGCUAAGCUCCUGUAUGCCACACAGUGUGGGCAAAAAAAAAAUAAUAAAAUUUUAAAAAUAAAGAUAAAAUAUUCUUACCAGAGGCCAUCGUGAAUCUGGAAAUCUGGGAAAUUUAGCUUUAAGAAAUCAGGAGUGCUCAGGGUGCUCUGAAUUAAGUAACAAAUGCAUGUUUCCAACAACUACAGCGAGCUAACAUUAAAGAGAAAAAACAUAUACUCAACAAAAUACUGCAGUCCUUGUUUUAGUUUGUUUUCUGUGUUAUAUGCAUUACACAUAGGAUACAGAAUACAGAAAGGAACCUGUCACCUUUCAUUUCAGUGGAGUGCAGUGAGCCACAAUAUGUUUAGAGAUAAAACAUUGACCCACAGCAUGCACUGAUGAACUCUUAUUAAAGAGUCCACAUCAAUCAACUAACACACACGAUUGAAUUAAUGAAGUUAUCUUACGUGUGGUGAAAAAUGUUAAGCGUAUCUGUUUCUUCGGCCCACACUUGCCUGUGUGCUUAGUCACUCAGUCGUGUCGUGUCCGACUCUUUGCAACCCCUGACUGGAGCCCACCAGGCUCCUCUGUCCAUGGGAUUCUCCAGGCAAGAGUGGGUUGACAUUUCUUUUUCCAGGGGAUCUUCCUGACCCAGGGAUUGAACCCACAUUUCUUCCAUCUCCUGCAUUACAGGCGAAUUCUUUACUGGCUGAGCCACCAGGCUCACACCGAGAGCCCUUUAGCUUCAAAUACUUAUUAGAUUGGAAAAUGGAAAAUGAGCAGAAUUUGAUGCUAAAGCAGGUGCUGGACAGGAUUCAAUGAUAUCUUGGCCACAAAUUCUUUUUCAUUUUGGGCUCACUCGUUGUUGAGUUGAAAAUCUCGAAUGUGUGGACUGAUGUGUACGUAUCUACACUCCCAUAUUAGGUCUGCGUGUAACCAGGCAACCAAGAUUUCUUUCUGAACUUUUAAGAAAAAUACCAAUAUAUUAUUGACCCAUUAUUUAGUAAGUUUUAGAAUACAUGUACAUCAUUGUUUUCAUCUAUUUGGUGGACAUUUCACUGACUCAUAAAGUAGCAGAUUUCAGUUUCUUUAAGAUAGGUGUAAUCACAGAGUGAUCUGGCAAUAGAAAUUCACUCAUGCUGUAUUUGUUUCCAUAAUGAAAAGUCUCCAAAAUGCAGGUUAUAUAAUAUGUAUGCAUUGUAUCAAAUAGAAAAUUUUAUUAUAGGAAACCAGAGAAGAGUGAGAUCUCACUCACUCUCUAGCAGGAAGGAUACUACUUAAGUUGGAGCCCCUUGGGUCCCUUUAAUAAGGAAAAAUGUUAUUCUCUGCUGUGUCUUUGGAUUUGAAAUUGGAGAACACUGGCCAGUCAGCUUUGGAAUGGCUGCGGGUCGCACAGAUGCAGUUGUAUAUGAACUCAGAUUAUUCUGAUGAAAGGUACAUAGGAGAGUCACUGAAAAGACCUUCUAAGGAGAUGGGGGCACCUUCUAGGUGUUCACAGCCAUUCCUGAGUUCAGAACCUCCAAUCCUGCCUUCUGGAGUAAACAUGAAGAUUUUAAAUGGAAUCAUAAGUUUAAAUUCUUAGUUUCCAAAUGACUGUCAACUAUGUUUGUUGAUUGGUUGGUUUUAACCAGCAGAACACUUGCAAACUUGUGAAGUUCACUUAACGGAAAAUUUCAAAAUGCUUGAAAAUAAAAAGUAGUAUCUGGUUGGGGAUUGUUUUUGUGUUCUUUCACUAUGAGAUAAAUUCACUAGGUUGUUGAAAACAACUUAGCUGCUCACCUUUGAUGUGGGAAUUCACACUGACAGUGUCUCAAUUGCCAGGAUGCCUCCUGCUGUCUGACUUAUGGUCCUGCUAGCCUCAUUUUACCUUGACCUUUAUUAGGAAUCAGGCCUCCUACAUGUGAUGCCCAAGAUCCCAUCCUUAAACUGACAGACCCAAGUCUUUUCUGGUUUUUCUCUGCUGCUGCAAGUCUGUGGCUUUACCUUGCUUGCUCAUUUGACAUUCCCCUAUUAUAACCAUACCAAUAAGUGGAGAAUGAAAGAGAAGACUGAAGGAUCAUGUUGAUUUUUAUUUACCUUCCUUUUUCCUGUAAACAGUUUUUUCUUAAAUUUUAGCCUAGCCUGUGAUACCACACUGGAAUAAUUCCAAAUAAAAAUGAAAUGGUUCACCUUCCCCAUA